AAUCAGUACAGUGUAGUAAAUACUAUAUUGGAAAAUUAUAAAAAAGUUUAUUUAUAAAUUUAAAGUAGAAGAAAUCAAAAUGAAGAUAUUCUUGGUGAUUGGAGCACUGGUUGCUUUAUAUUCUGUGGCAGAGGCUGCAAAAUAUACCAAAGAAGAAGCAAAGGAAAAACUUUUGCAGAUAGGCAAAGAUUGUGCUGUAGAAACAGGAGCAUCUUCAGAUGAUAUCGAAAAAUUAUUGCAGAAGAACAUACCAGAUUCAAAAGCAGGAAAAUGCAUGAUCAAUUGCGUUUACAAGAAACUUGGAGUGAUGAAAGAUGGAAAAUACCAUCCUGAUGCCGGAAUUGAAGUAUCAGCCAUGGUACACGAACACGAUUCAGAAUUAAUGGAAAAAGUUAAGAAAAUCGCAACCGAAUGUGACAGCGAGGCCAAAGGAGAAGACGAGUGCGAAAUUGCUGCCAAAGCAAUGGCGUGCGGCGUGAGGAUGGCCAAAGAACACAACUUAAUGGACGCGAUACCAAUAUAAUAGUAAAAAAAUCUUUGUUAGGUCGGUUGAAGACCUGUCAAAAUGUAGUCGUUAAAUUGUAGUGUGAAGUUGUCACGAUGUGGG